AUGUCGACCACGCGAUCACGACCAAUGAGCACGGCGAGUGCCUCCACCGCAAGCUCGUUGAUGCAAGACGUGCCAGGCGCAUUUCCUGCGACGCCUCCGUUUCGACCGGAGCCUGAAGAGGAGAACGACCGGGAUGAAGAGCAUGAAGUCACCUACCAAAGCCUGUCGCAGGCAGUAUACGCGCGAAGAGCUGAGUAUGUUCGACCGAAGCAUGUCCGUAUCAAAGUCGGGACUUGGAACACCGCAGCCUGCAAGGGUGUCGAGAAGGACCUUGGACGCUGGUUCGUUGGUGGGAAGGGUGUUGCAGAAGCCUUGACCGGUCUGAGCAUCAACGACCCAGAUCGUGAUGGCUCGAAUCGCAGAGAAAGUGUUGCCGCGCAGGAGGACCGAUACGAACGCAAGCAGCCAACCUUACCAAAAGGUGAUGAGGGCAGCCUACCCAAAGAUGCAGACGUUGGAUUAUACGUGCUUGGUCUGCAGGAAGUCGUGGACAUCACAUCUGCAUCAGAAGCCUUGAAGCCGUAUACUGAUCCGUCCGUCGCUGCCAAGUGGAAAGACGCCAUGCAGCAAGCCAUUCCUACGGGAUACCAGCUAGUCGCCGAGCAGCAACUUCUUGGCCUGCUACUUCUAAUCUAUGCUGCACCAGACGUUGCUCCUGAUGUCAAGUCAGUCAGCACUACUAGUGUUGGUACUGGUCUGAUGGGCUACAUGGGCAACAAAGGCGCUGUCACUGCUAGAAUCGUGCUUGGUGAGACGACCAGGAUGGUUUUUGUGAACAGUCACCUGGCUGCUGGCGCGGAUAAAACUGCUUUGGAGCGCCGGAACUGGGAUGCAUCACAGAUCAUCAGCCGGACUAGAUUUGCGCCCAUCAAAGACGCCAUGGAUUUGGCACAGAGUACAGGCGAGCAAAUCGGAGACGAAGACUUCGCUUUCUGGUGCGGUGACCUCAACUAUCGUCUUGAAGCCAUCCCUGGUGAUGAUGUUCGGCGGCUGCUCAUGCUGCACACCCGUAAUGAAUACGACUUGAGCCAAAAAGCAGCGCGCAAGAUCGACCAGGAGCUCGAGGAGGCUACAAAUUCGGUCAAGGAGCGCACUGCUCACGACGACGGAUCAGGCAGAGGGUCAGCGGCAUCUUCGGUUCGAAACAGUCUCGAAUAUCAGACACCUACGACCCUCGUCGACGAAGUGGCAGCGAGUGAGGAUCCGUCGUCUCUUCAGACUACUUUGUCAUCGUUGCUCCCACACGACGAGCUCCAUCAGCAGAUGAAAGCUCGCAAAGCAUUCCACGAUGGCUGGCAGGAGGGACCGAUCACGUUCUUGCCAACUUACAAGUAUGACAUUGGCAGUGUGGGUGUCUUUGACUCCAGCGAGAAGAAGCGCGCCCCGAGCUGGUGCGAUCGUAUCAUAUAUCGGACAAGACGAGAAAAGCUGGCGUACGAUGCGAAAGUCCGCGACGAAGAAAACGCUCGGAAGAAGGACGAGGAAAUGAAGGCCAACGGCACGGUCGCCGCUGCGAGCGACGAAGACAUCCUUUAUGAUUAUGACCCCGACACAGAUGGCGCGGAUGCGAUCGACAACUACAAUGAAUAUGACGAAUAUGACGAUCAAGAAGAUGGCGUAGUGAUCACGAAGGAGGGCUUCGAGGACGCGAUCAAGCUUGAAUACUACACCGCACAUCAGCGUGUACUGUCGAGCGACCACAAGCCACUCGAUGCGUCGUUCAUGCUGAAGUAUGAUGCUGUCGUGCCUGAGCUAAAAGCACAGAUCCACAGCGAAGUGGCGAAAGAGCUCGACAAGGCGGAAAACGAAGGACGACCAAACGUCACAGUCAUUGUUGAUGCUCAUAAUGAUACACCUGCCACAAGCGAGGAGAACUCAACCGACAAGUUCGAGGGCGUUUGGUUCGGCGAUGUUAGGUGGAUGCAGACCAAGCAUCGGAGCUUGACAGUUGCCAACACCAGCCGUGUACCGGCGAAUUUCUCUUUUAUCGAACGGCCAGUAGACGAGUCACAGCAAGCUGGAAUCGCCCCAGACUGGCUGUCACUCAAGAUCAAUGAUCAUGACGUGAAAAGUGAGAAGAGCCAAUCAGAAACUAUUACGCUUGAGCCUGGUGAGACGUGUUCGAUCGAGCUGGAGCUCAAGAUCACGGCGUUGGGUGACGUCCAGGACCUCAACAGCAACAAGCAGAAUCUUGAAGAUAUCCUUGUGCUUCGAGUCGAAAAUGGGCGAGAUCACUUUGUUCCAGUUCGAGCACAUUGGCUCUCCAGUAGUCUUGGACGCUCAAUCGACAAGCUCGUGAGGAUACCUGAAGGAGGCAUCCGCAAGCUACAGAGGCAGCAACCACAUGCCAAGACCAAAGCUGCCGCUAAUACCGUGUCCGCAGCCCAAGAACUCUCAAAGAACAUCGAUCGCUCACUAUCACCAAUCUCCACCGGCUCUACCGAGAGUAUCGCCGGAAGACUACGCGGAUUGUCGAGCAGCUCGAGCAACAAGGACAAGUCACCGAUCUCUCCCAGCAGUGCCAGCCAGGAUAGUGACUUACCAGUACGUUUCUCUGCACCUCGCGAACUGUUCCGACUGACGGAAGCGGUAGAAGAGCUGAGUACGCGAGUUGUGGCAGAGUGGGAGAUGACACACUCUGCUGAUCCUGCAAUGUACAAUGCUCGAGAGUCUUCAGACCGUCCGGUCAGGCCGUGGGAGGGGCGUCCUGCUUGGCCUUUUGAUGAAGCAUGUUGGCAAGCUCAGUCCACACCGCACUGGGACAAUGAACUGAGUGAUGCGUGCGAUGCGCUGGACUCAGACGAGUCGUUGACCGCAAGCUUCGCAUUGGAUAUAUCGACACCUCAACGACUCUACAUCCUAUCCAGCCUACUACUCACAUUCCUGCGCAGCAUGUCCGACGGCAUCGUCACCGCAAAGCUAUGGCCAGAGGUAGACAAGUACCUCACAGACAUCGACAAAUCCAAGAAGAAACCCAGCAACGAUGACCAGCGCACAGCAAUCCAGGAGAUCCUGUCACAGAGUCCAAGUCAUAGUAUCAGUUACAUCCUCAUCGUCUCAACGCUAGAGCGCAUGAUCCAGGAGCGCAGCACAAGCAAUAUCAGCCGCGCCAGUACCCGCGGUCACAGUCACAGCAGCAGCACAUUGAGUGCAGAAGCGCCAAUGAGUCCAACUCAGAGAGCUGGUGGCACUUUCAAGCGGAUGUUCGCCGGGAAGGGGAAUGCUACCGGGCCUUCUGAACGCGAUCAAAGUAGUAAAGCUAUGGCGGCUGUGAUUGCUGAGGUUGUGGUUAGAACGUCAGAUGCAGCGAGUGAGAAGGCGAAGGCGCCGGUGAGGAAGAGGAAGGCGGAUUUGAUUGAGCUGUUUUUGAAGAGAGAUGAGCCGGGGUAG